AUGAAUGAAGCAGAUUUUGAAGUCGACAAUGUUGCAUCAAGUUCCAACUUGUCAUUGUAUCAUGAAAAACAGCAUUUACAGCUGUGUCUGUUGCACACACUAAACAGUCUGUUUCAAAGAAAAGAGUUUUCAAAAAGUGAUUUAGAUUCGAUUGCUGAAAAUCUACAUUCUUCUUACUGGUUCAAUAAGCAUCGAUCAAUAUGGGGAACUGGAAAUUACGAUGUUAACGUACUCUUUGCUGCACUGGAAACUCGUGAUUGUUCCGUUGUAUGGUUUGAUGCUCGUCGUUCUGCCUCAAUAAUUGAUAUGGAUAAGGUACUUGGAUUUGUCUUCAAUACUCCUCCAACGUCUAGUUUUAUUCCGUUUUGGCGCGGUCGUCAUUGGUUUGCUGUACGGCGCGUUGGUAGUUGUGGUUACUUUAAUUUUGAUUCAAAAUUAUCUGAACCUGCCUUAAUCAGUGAUUUUGUUGAGUUUGCGGACAAAAAACUUGCAAAUGGCUACCAGAUGUUGUUGGUCGUGCCAUCCAAAUUUGCGGAGAAUUGGUCGUUAGAAUAA